AUGCUUCGCCAAGUAAAACCUCGUAACGCUCGCUCCAAGAGAGCCCUCGAGAAGCGCGAGCCCAAAGCCAUCGAGAACCCCAAAACAUGCCUCUUCCUCCGCGGCAACAACUGCUCCCAAGUCGUCCAAGAUGCCAUGAACGACUUCUUCUCCAUGCGCCAGCCCCUCUCCAAGAAAUUCACCAAGAAGAACCCCAUCCACCCCUUUGAGGACGCCGCCUCCAUCGAGUUCUUCUCGGAGAAGAACGACGCCAGCCUGUUCGUCUUUGGCAGCACACAAAAGAAGCGCCCCCAUGCGCUGACGUUUAUCCGCACGUUCGGCCACAAGGUGCUGGACAUGCUGGAGCUGUACCUCGACCAGGAGAGCUACCGCUCCAUUACGCAAUUCAAGACCAAGAAGUUCGCCAUUGGCAUGCGGCCCAUGGUGCUCUUCGCGGGCAGCGCCUUUGAGAGCCCCGUGCCGAACGAAUACACGCUCGCAAAGAGCUUCUUCAUGGACUUCUUCCGGGGAGAAACCGCGGACAAGAUCGACGUCGAAGGCCUGCAGUACAUCGUCUCCAUCGCCGCCGAGGACACCGCCGGCGAGGGCGACGCCAAGCCCGCCAUCCACCUGCGGGUAUACCUCAUCAGCACCAAGCGCAGCGGCCAGAAGUUGCCCCGCGUAGAGGUCGAGGAGAUUGGUCCCCGCAUGGACCUGCGGGUCGGACGCAUGAGGGAAGCAGACGAGGCGAUGCUCAAGGAGGCGAUGAGGAAGGCCCGCGGCACGGAGGAGAAGACGAAGAAGAACGUCUCCAUGGACUCAAUGGGUGACAAGCUGGGUCGUGUCCACUUGGGCAAGCAGGACCUGAGCCAGAUGCAGACAAGAAAGAUGAAGGGAUUGAAGAGAUCUCGCGACGAUGCCGCUGAGGUAGACGACAUUGUCGAAGUUGAUGAUUCGAAGCGAGCAAAGAAAUAA